AUGAAUUUAUAUGAAUUUAAAGAUGAAAUAAUAGAGUGUAACAGUUUAAGUAAUACAUGUUUUGAAAUUGAUAAUUUUGAUAUUUUUGAGGGAGAUGAUUAUUCAUGUAACGAUAUUUUGAAAAAGAAAGAAAAAAUAAAAAAUAUUAGUAAUAAACUAAAUAAUUUAAAAGAGAAAGUUUGUAAAUCAACUGAAUAUUUAAAAUGUGUAGAAAUUUUAUUCAACUACGCCGGGAACAACUGUAUUUUAGAAAAAAAGAAAGAAAGUUUGAAAAAUGACAACUUAGAUGAUGACUUCUGUAAUUCAGAAAAAGAUAUAUUUUUUGAUGGUUAUAUUAACUAUUUUGAUUUCUUUCAUGUUGAAAAUUUUAACUUAUUUUUUGAUAAAUAUUUCUAUAUAAGCGCUGUGAAGAAAAAAAGAAACAUCAGUUAUAAUGAUGUUUUAAAAAAAAACCAGCAAUAUUUUGAAAAUUUUAGUAAUAGCAAAAUACAGUUAUCUCAACUUUUAGAUAGUAAUGAAGAUUAUAUAAAUUUGAAAAAUAUCAAAAAUAAAGAUAAUGGUUAUAGUAGUUAUGAAAAAAUAGGAAUUCAAGAAAUAGUAAAAUCAGAUGAUGUCUUUGAUGACUUUUUCAAAGAUUAUAAAAACUUAGGUGAUCAAGAUAUUACUUAUAACACUAAAAAGAAAAGCAUACAAAAGAGUAGUUAUGAUUUAUUUAAUAAGAGAAGAAAAUUAAAUGAAUAUACAAAUAGUUUUAAUACGAUAAUAGAAUCUGAAAAUUAUAAAAGUGAUUUUACUAAUUUAUCAUUAGAAAACAAAUUAAGAGAAGAGGAAAGAAACUAUAAAGAUUUCUUUGAAAAAGCAGUUGAAAAUAGUAAUAAAUGUAAUAUCCAAAGAAAAGUAAUUAUUUUUAAAAUAUCAAAUAUAUUAUUUGAAAAUAAUAAUAAGGAAAAAGACCAAAUGGUCUAUGAUGUGAAUAAACUAAAUGAUUUCAAUUUUCAUAACAAAAAAAAUAACAAAAAAAAAUUUAAUUAUGAUAAUUACAAUUUAAACAUGAAAAUGUAUUUUCCAGAAUACAACAAAUUUAUUUUAAAUAAAAGCAGUUUUGAAGAAAAUAAAGAGGAUAAAAAACUGAGUGAUAUUAAUUUUGAAAAAAAAAUUUUUUUUUUUUAUAAUAGCUUGCUGAAACUGUUUAUGCAUAUUAAUACACUAUUUAGAACAUGUAUAGAAUUAUUAAAAUAUAAUUUUUCAGAUUUAAGUUAUGAAAGUAAAGUGUUGUCAAAUGAUUCAAAGAAAUUAAUUAAAUUAAUUUAUCUAUUUCAAAAACAAGAGAAAUAUGUUAUCAGUUUUAGUAAAUAUAUUUUACAUAUGGCAAAAAAAUAUUUUUUAAAUAGUAAGUUAAUUUUAACCAACGAAAUUUCAAUCAUAAAAAAGUUAAUUAAAAUUCUUCUCAAAUGGAAAAAGAUAGAUUUUAAUAUUUUAAUUAAAUUUACUGAAUUAAAAAUAAAAGACGAAAACGUAUAUAAAGCAGAGAUUGUAAAUAAUAAUUUAGUGAAAUAUAAUUUUGAAUUAAGAAAAAUUUAUUUUUGUAAAUAUAAUAAUGACAUUGUAAUAUCGUUAAAAAAGAUAUUUCCUUUAUUUUUUCAUUCGGAUUAUUUUGAUAUAUGUAAAAAUCAAAAAUUAAUUUCUAUAAAUGAAAAAAUAAAAAAUAAUGAAAAUUUAAAAAAACAUUGUAACAUUAAAAUAGAACAAGAAAAUGAUAAAAAUACUUUUAUCUCAUUUAAAUCUAAUUUUGAUUUUUAUCUAAAUAACCUAAUAGAAGAAUGUGAAGAAUUUAAAAAUGUUGAGGAAGAAUAUUGUUUUCUAACAAAAGUUCAGGAUACCAAUUAUCUAAACUAUGAAAUGGAGUUAAAUAUUAAUCAAAUGAAAAUAAUAAGCUAUCUAAAUAGUAUUUUAAUAAAUGAAAUUAAUAAUAGUGAAGAUCUAAAAAUUAGAAUUAGUAGUAAGGAAGAAGAGAUUAAUAAUAUAUUUUCUGAUAUUAAGGAUAUAUAUAACUUUUUAUUAAAAAAGAAUAAAAAUGUACAAAAUAUAUCAAUUAAAGAAUGUUCUAAAAUAGACGAUAACUUUAAAAAUAAUUUGACGAAAUCCGAUUUAGAAAAUAAUGAUGAAAUUUAUUUAAACAAUGAACUUACAUAUGGUAAAGAUAUUAUAACAGAAAAUUCUAAAAGGAAUCCUAAAAAUUUUAAUUUUAAUUAUUUAAGUAGUAUUAAUGUCAAAGAAGGAAGUACAGAAAAUAAUAAGGAAUUGGAAAAAGAAAACUUUAUAAAAAAUUAUUAUUUAGCUUGUAACAAUCCUAAAAAAAGGAUGAGACAAAAUGAAAAUGAUGAAAUAAACAUAAAUUUCAAUAAAAAAAGUUAUAAUAACAUUAAUAAAAUAUAUAUUUUAAAAAAGAUGAUAAAAAAUAUAAUGAUUUUUCUAGAAGAAAAUAAUUUUAGUAGUUACGAGACAUCAGAACUAAAAAAUAGUAUAAUAAACGAUGAUUCAGAAAAAUAUUUGAAAGAAGAAAAAAAAAUAAAUGUUGAAUGCACUCAAUAUUUAGUAAAAGAAGAUAAGUUAAAUAUUUAUCUCAAUACGGAAUUGGAAAAAGAAAAAAAAAAAAAUCUUGAAUUUAGAGAAAAUUCAGAUGCAUACAGAAAAUUGGAGAAUCAACUGCGUAUGGAACUGGAUAAUGAGAAAAAAAUUAAUAUCGAAUUGAAUAUAAAAUUAGAGAAGGAAAAAGAAGCAAAUGAUGAGUUUAAUAAAUAUUUAGAAAGAGAAAAAAAAAUUAAUAGUGAAUUGAAUUCAGAAUUAGAAAAAGAAAAAAAAAUGAUUGGUGAAUUGAAUGUAGAAUUAGAAAAGGAAAAAAAUGUUAGUAUUGAAUUAAACACAGAACUAGAAAAAGAAAAAAAAAAACUAGAAAAAGAAAAAAAAAUGAAUGAUGAAUUAAAUUUAAAACUAGAAAAAGAAAAAAAAUGUAUUAGUGAAUUAAACUCAGAACUAGAAAAGGAAAAAAAAGUUAAUAAUGAAUUGAAUAUAGAAUUAGAAAAAGAAAAAAAGACAAAUAUCGAAUUUAAUGAACAUUUAGAAAGAGAAAAAAAAGUAAAUGCCUAUUUAGAUAUAGAAUUAAAAAAAAAAGAAGAUACUAAUAAUGAACUAAAUAUAGCAUUAGAAAAAGAAAAAAAAGAAAAUAGUAAAUUGAAUUAUGAAUUAGAAAAAGAAAAAAAAAUUAAUAGCGAAUUGAACACAGAACUGGAACAAGAAAAAAAAAUGAAUGAUGAAUUAACUUUAAAACUAGAAAAGAAAAAUAAAUUUGAUAGUGAAUUGAAUUUAGAAUUAGGAAAAGAAAAAAAAGUAAAUAGUGAAUUGAAUAUAGAAUUAGAAAAAGAAAAAAAAGUAAAUAGUGAAUUGAAUAUAGAAUUAGAAAAAGAAAAAAAUGUUAAUAGUGAAUUAAAUUUAGAAUUAGGAAAAGAAAAAAAAGUAAAUAGUGAAUUGAAUAUAGAAUUAGAAAAAGAAAAAAAAGUAAAUAGUGAAUUGAAUAUAGAAUUAGAAAAAGGAAAAAAUGUUAAUAGUGAAUUAAAUUUAGAAUUAGAAAAAGAAAAAAAAGUAAAUAGUGAAUUGAAUAUAGAAUUAGAAAAAGAAAAAAAUGUUAAUAGUGAAUUAAAUUUAGAAUUAGAAAAAGAAAAAAAUGUUAAUAGUGAAUUGAAUGCAGAAUUAGAAAAAGAAAAAAAUGUUAAUAGUGAAUUAAAUUUAGAAUUAGAAAAAGAAAAGAAAAAAAUCAAAGAACAAACUGAUAAAUUAAUAGAACAAGACAAAUUGAUUGAGGAAAUGAAAAAAAAAUUGGAGUUGGAUGAUAAGAAAAAUAGAGAUACUGAGUUAUUUAAUGAUGAAGCAAAUUUUAUUUCUUUAUCAAAAGAAAAGGAUGAAUUUAAUAUAAUAAAAGAAGAAGAGGAAUUUAAAAAAAAACAAGAUGAAGUAUUUGUAGAAAUCGAGGAAGUAAACAAAUUCGAAAAACUGUAUGAAAAGAAAAGUAACAGUGCUUUGAAAUCUAUUGAAGAAUAUAAUAAACUAUAUGAUUCAUAUAUUGAAAUAGUAUUAAAGAAAGAAAAUUUAGAAAAAGACUUUGAAGAAAAGAUGAACUAUUUUAAUAAAAAAAUGAGUCAUUUUGAUAAGAAAGUAAAAUAUUUUGAUGAAAAAAUAUUACAUUAUAAAAAAAUGUGUAAUAUUUAUGAAAAAAAUUCAGUAAAAGUAAAUAAAUUCAUUAAAACACUAGAAGGAUUCAUAAAAAGUGUUGAAAAAAGUGGUGAUAAGAUAAAUUUAAAUUUACAUAGAAAAUUAGACAAAAUAAAAAUUUCUUUAAAAGAAAUAAAUGAAAAUUCUAAAAGCAAAAUAAUAGAAACAGACAAUUUAUUAUUUGAUGAAAUUAUUAAUGAAAAAAAUAUUUUAUUAGAAAAGAUUGCAGAUAGUGAAAAAGAAAAACCAAUUUAUGAUAAUGAAAUGAGCGAUGAUUUAAAAAAGUAUAUGAUUGAAUUAAAUUUUAAAAGUAUCAAUGAAUUAUAUAUAUUUCAUUCAAAUAUGUUGGAAGAAUUAAGUUUAGUUAAAAAGAAUUGUAACCUAUUAGUAGAAGAAAAUAUAAUGAAAAAUAAGGAAUAUGAAAAUCAUAUUUUAAAAUUAAGUAAAUGUUUAAGCGAAAAAGAAAAAGAAAUUAAUGUAAUAAAUGAAAAUUGUAAAUCAUUACUAUUAGAAUUGGAUAACUUAAAAUAUAUUUUAAAUGAUUUACUAUCAUUUGGAGAGAAAAAGAUAUCUAAGCAUAAUAAUAUACAAAUAGAUAAUAUCUUAAGAAAAUAUGAAAAUAUUGAAAAAGCUAAAGUUUUAGAAAAAUACAACAUCAUGGAAAAAGAUUUAGAUGAAAAUAUUUUAAAACUUAAAGAUGGCCUUUUAGCAAAGGAUGGUAGCAUGUCAGAAGAUGAUAAUAUAUCAAAAGAUAAGAAUAAUAGUUUAGUAAAAUCAAGAAGAUCAUCAAAAAAUAAAAAUAAAGAUUUAAUAAAAGAUAACAAUUUAUCAUUACACGAAAAAAAAAAAGUAGAAGUAAUUAGACAAUAUGAUUUAAGAAGCAGUAGCAAAAAAAAAUAG